GCGGAGGGCGGCCGGGCGCGCCGUGCACUUGCCGGGCGGUGCAGGUGGCGGCGCGCGCCCUCCGCCGCUGGGUCCCCGCCCGCGCCGCGCUGGGCGCCCGGAGGGGGCGGGAGAGGCGGGGCGGCCCCCGUCCCAGCCCCAUUUAACUGCUCCGCGGCGGCAGCGACUGCGGCGCCGCGGGCGGGAGGCCGGCGUCGGGGAACGUCCUGGGGCCGGAUUCCGCACGAGGUGUUGACGGGGCCGCUCCCGCCCGCCUCUCCGCCGCGCGCGCCGGGCCCGCGCCGCCCGGGCCGCACGUCCCAGAAGCGUCCGCGGCGCGAGGCUCAAGAGAGACCCCCAGGAGACCGGACCCCAUGGCUUCCCGGCAGAGCUCCUGGUGGCUGCUGAUAUGGACGGUCUUCAUGCACUCUGCCCUCCUGCAGACCACAGCAGAGAAGUCCCCUGGAGCCUACUUCCUUCCAGAGUUUGCACUCUCACCUCAGGGAAGUUUUCUCGAAGACACCACGGGGGAGCAGUUCCUCACGUACCGCUACGAUGACCAGACCUCAAGAAACACGCGUUCUGAUGAAGAGAAGGACAGCAACUGGGAUGCUUGGGGCAGCUGGAGUGACUGCUCUCGGACCUGCGGGGGAGGGGCGUCAUACUCUCUGCGGAGGUGCUUGACUGGGAGGAACUGUGAAGGACAAAAUAUUCGAUACAAGACGUGCAGCAGUCAUGACUGCCCUCCGGAUGCCGAGGACUUCCGAGCCCAGCAGUGCUCUGCCUACAACGACGUCCAGUAUCAGGGCCGUUACUACGAAUGGCUUCCCCGGUACAACGAUCCGGCUGCCCCCUGCGCACUCAAGUGUCACGCACGGGGACAGAGCUUGGUAGUGGAGCUGGCUCCCAAGGUCCUGGAUGGGACUCGCUGCAGCACGGACUCCCUGGACAUGUGCAUCAGUGGCAUCUGUCAGGCCGUGGGCUGCGACCGUCGCCUGGGGAGCAGCGCCCGCGAGGACAACUGUGGCGUCUGCGCCGGCAACGGCUCCACCUGCAGGCUGGUGCGGGGACAGUCGAAGUCGCACGUCUCUCCGGAAAAAAGGGAAGAAAAUGUAAUUGCUGUUCCUCUGGGAAGUCGAAGUGUAAGAAUUACAGUGAAAGGACCAGCACAUCUUUUUAUUGAAUCAAAGACACUUCAAGGAAGCAAAAAAGAACACAGCUUUAAUAGCCCGGGAGUUUUUGUCAUAGAAAACACCACAGUUGAAUUUCAGAGGGGCUCAGAGAGGCAGACCUUUAAGAUUCCAGGACCUCUGAUGGCUGAUUUCAUCUUCAAGACCAGGUACACGGUGGCCAAGGACAGCGUGGUCCAGUUUUUCUUCUACCAGCCAAUCAGUCAUCAGUGGAGGCAAACCGACUUCUUCCCCUGCACCGUAACAUGUGGAGGAGGUUAUCAGCUCAACUCAGCUGAGUGUGUGGACAUCCGCUUGAAGAGGGUGGUUCCUGACCAUUACUGCCAUUACUACCCCGAAAACGUAAAGCCAAAACCCAAACUGAAGGAGUGCGGCAUGGACCCUUGCCCAUCGAGCGACGGAUUUAAAGAGAUCAUGCCCUACGACCAUUUCCAGCCUCUCCCUCGCUGGGAACACAAUCCCUGGACCGCGUGCUCGGUGUCUUGCGGUGGCGGCAUUCAGAGACGGGGCUUCGUGUGUGUGGAGGAGUCCAUGCACGGGGAGAUCUUGCAGGUGGAGGAGUGGAAGUGCAUGUACGCGCCCAAACCCAAGGUCAUGCAGACUUGCAACCUGUUCGACUGCCCCAAGUGGGUCGCCAUGGAGUGGUCUCAGUGCACGGUGACUUGUGGCCGAGGGUUGCGUUACCGCGUCGUUCUGUGUAUCAACCACCGUGGACAGCACGUGGGCGGCUGCAACCCACAGCUGAAGUUACACAUCAAAGAAGAAUGUAUCAUUCCCAUCCCGUGUUAUAAACCAAAGGAAAAAAGUCCUGUGGAAGCUAAGUUACCUUGGCUGAAACAAGCCCAAGAACUAGAAGAGACCAGAAUAGCCACAGAAGAACCAACGUUCAUUCCGGAGCCCUGGUCAGCCUGCAGCACCACGUGCGGUCCGGGUGUCCAGGUCCGAGAGGUCAAGUGCCGCGUGCUCCUCACAUUCACGCAGACGGAGACUGAGCUGCCUGAGGAGGAGUGUGAGGGCCCUGAGCUGCCCACCGAGCGGCCUUGCCUCCUCCAGCCGUGCGACGAGGGCCCUGCCUCCCGCGAGCCGGACGCGUCUCUCCAGGAGGACGGCAGGAUGACUUACCACUGGGAGUACGCCGGCUUCACCCCUUGCACAGCGACAUGCUUGGGAGGCCGUCAGGAAGCCAUAGCCGUGUGCUUGCACACCCAGACCCAGCAGACAGUCAGUGACAGCUUGUGUGACAUGCUCCACCGUCCACCAGCCAUGAGCCAGGCUUGCAACACCGAGCCCUGCCCCCCCAGGUGGCAUACGGGCUCUUGGGGCCCCUGCUCGGCCACCUGCGGUGUGGGAAUCCAGACCCGAGAGGUGUACUGCCUGCACCCUGGGGAGUCCCCAGCCCCUGCCGCAGAAUGUGGAGACGAAAAACCGCAUGCCCUCCAAGCGUGCAACCAGUUUGACUGCCCGCCUAGCUGGCACAUUGAAGAGUGGCAACAGUGCUCCAGGACGUGUGGCGGGGGAACUCAAAAUCGAAGAGUCACCUGCCGGCAACUGUUAACCGAUGGCAGCUUUUUGAAUCUCUCCGAUGAGUUGUGCCAAGGACCCAAGGCUUCUUCCCACAAGUCCUGUGCCAGAACAGACUGCCCUCCCCAGAUCACUGUGGGAGACUGGUCGAAGUGUUCCGUCAGUUGUGGUGUUGGAACCCAGCGGAGAAAGCAGGUGUGUCAGAGGCUGACAGCCAAAGGCCGGCGCGUUCCCCUCGGUGAGAUGAUGUGCCGAGACCUUCCAGGGCCCCCUCUCGUAAGACCUUGCCAGAUGCCUACGUGCACUAAAGCGAAACCAGAGACGAAGACACGGUCUGGGGAGCAGGGGCCCCAGAUCCUCGGGGUCCAGAGAGUCUACAUCCAGACGAGGGAGGAGAAGCGCAUUAACCUGACUGUGGGGGGCAGAGCCUAUUUGCUGCCUAACACUUCGGUGAUCAUUAAAUGCCCAGUACGCCGAUUCCAGAAAUCCCUGAUCCAGUGGGAGAAGGAUGGCCAUUGUCUGCAGAACUCCAAGCGGCUUGGCGUCACCAAGUCAGGUUCCCUAAAAAUCCACAGCCUGGCGGCCCCAGAUAUCGGCACAUACCGCUGCGUGGCUGGCCCCGCGUGGGAGACCGCGGUUCUCAAGCUCAUCGGCACGGACAACCGGCUCAUUGCGCCCCCAGCGCUCUCGGAGAGUGCGACGCCAUAUCUGGGGAUGGACCACAAGGACGCCAACGGCUUGGGAGCCACGUGGCAGAAAAUGAGGCAGCUGUGGGGUAACAAAAAUGAGCUGUAUCCGGAGGACGGCCAAGUGGCUAAGCAGCCUUUCUGGAGGGCUCUGUUGGGUCCCUGCAGUAAUUCUGCAGGAAACCCUCACUCCUGGGAGUUUAAGAAUAAGCAGUUUGAAGCAGCACUUAAACACGGAGCGUACAGCAUGGAGACGGCCCAGUUUGAGGAGCUGAUCAGAAACAUGAGUCAGCUCAUGGAGACCGGAGAGGUCAGUGAUGACCUGGCGUCCCAGGUGAUCUACCAGCUGGUGGCCGAGUUAGCCAGGGUGCAGCCAGCACUGGCCCCCUGGAGGGGUGCCCAGGAAGGGGUGCCUCUUGCCGCCCAGCUGAGGGGGGAAGCAAGAAGGAGGCCUCAAGCCUCGGAGGUGGAGAACUCAGGCAAGCUGACCUUCAGGCCCAGGGGACCUGUUCUCAGAAGGCAAAGCGAGCCCACCUUGAUUUCAUUUAACAAAACAAUAAAUUCAAGAAUUGGAAAUACAGUGUACAUCACGAAAAGGACGGAGGUCAUCAAUAUACUGUGUGAGCUCAUUACCCCCAGUCAGGCCACCUACACGUGGACCAAGGAUGGGACUUCGUUACAACCCUCAGAAAAAAUCAUCUUGGCUGGAAGGGGGAAAAUGCAGAUACGGAACCCCACAAAGAAGGAACAAGGAACAUAUGGAUGCUCGGUAGCUAACGAUCUCGGCUCGGACGUGGGGAGUUCUCCGGUGCUCUAUGCAGAGGCGCCGGCCAUCUUGUCCACUGAGAGAAAUAUCAGCCGACUGGGACACAGUCACCUGUCCGUCGUGGUUGGAAGUGUCGUGGAGGCAGCCUUGGGAGCCAACGUGACGAUCCGAUGUCCUGUAAAAGGUGUCCCUCAGCCUAAUAUAACUUGGUUGAAGAGAGGAGGAUCUCUGAGUGACAAUGUUUCCUUGCUUUUCAAUGGAUCCCUGUUGUUGCAGAAUGUUUCCCUUGAACAUGAAGGAACCUAUGUCUGCACAGCCACCAAUGCUCUUGGAAAGGCAGUGGCAACAUCUGUGCUCCACCUGCUGGAACAAAGACAUUCGGACAGUAAAAGUGUAUUUCCCAAGGACCGUAAAAAGCAUAUGCUCCAGAUGUCCAAUGCUGGAACUGACAGCAGUGACCCAACAGGAGAACCCCUACCUCCAGAGCCUUUUUGGGAGCUGGGUAACUGGACGCAUUGUUCUGCCACCUGCGGCCACUUGGGAGCCCGAGUCCAGAGACCCCGGUGUGUGCUGGCAGACGGGCAGGAAGUGAGCGAGGCCCUUUGCCAACACCUCCCGAAGCCGCUGGCCGGGUUUCAGCGCUGUAAUAUCUGGGACUGCCCCUCAAGGUGGUUCACGAGCCCAUGGUCAGAGUGCUCUGUGUCCUGCGGAGAAGGAUUCCACAGUCGCCAGGUGACCUGCAAACGCACCAAAGCCAACGGGACCACGCAGCUGAUGUCCCCGGGAGCGUGUGUUCCCAAAGAGAGGCCUCUGGGUAGAAGGCCGUGUUCCGGUCAUCCUUGCGGCCAGUGGGUCGUUGAACCAGGGGGCCAGUGUCCUGCACGUUGCCUGGGUCGCAUGGGGAGGCUGCAGCAGCAACACGAAGUCUGUCAACAGCACAACAGCUCUGACCCCCUCUGUGAUGACAGAAGGAGACCCAUGUUGAGGAGGAACUGCUCAUUGGGGGCUUGCGACGUGUGCUGGCGCCCGGGCCCCUGGAGGCCCUGCACGGCGGCCUGCGGCCGGGGCUUCCAGUCCCGGAAGGUCGAGUGUGUCCACUCCCGGAGCUGCAGACCCAUGGCGGAGAGACACUGUGUGCAGAAGAAGAAACCGGCUUCCUGGCGGCACUGUCUGGGGCCUUCCUGUGAGAGAGACUGCUCAGACACGACUCACUACUGUGUGUUCGUGAAGCAUCUCGGCUUGUGUUCGCUCGAUCUCUACAAGCAGAGGUGCUGUCAGUCGUGUCAAGAAGGGUAAACGUGUGGCGGGGUCGGAAUGCUGCUGUGAAGACAGAACCCAAACGGAAAAGCUCUUUCCUCUGACGCAGCUGGUUCAGAAGCAUGUUAU